AUGAGGCAAGUUCGCCAUACCAUUUUUACAAGGGCAGGAGCACACAGCAGCCAGCAACGGCGUUACCACUGCCACAACCCUCUCAUCUCACACCAUCCUCUCAUCCGCAGUCUCACCUGCUACUCCCUCGCUGCGCGCCGAGCCGAGCAGCUUCUGCGGAGCGUUCGCGGAAGCUUCCCGCCAGCAGCUUGCCAGCCGGAGUUCCAGCCACGUGGCACUCGUGGCGAACGGGUGCUCCGUCGCGAUUGGCUGGAAGCAUCGCGGCGGGCGUUGCGCACAGAGGACGUUGCCGGUAACCUGUUCGCGUCUAGGGUUGGCAGAAACAAAUUGUCAUCCAAUCAGGGGAGGCUGAGCAGCGAGGAUACUACCUCGAGGCGAUUAACGACCUCCGCACUAUCCUCUCCAUCGGGAUCCCACCCAAUCGCUUCUCCGCAGUCAUCACCGCUUCCCCGCUCGCCGUCGAAGAAAGCACCAUCCGCAGCCGAAUCCCCCUCUGUCGCCACCGCUGCCGCUGCUGGAGUAGCCUCUACGUAUCUGUCGACCUCCACCGCAACUGCCAACUUUGAAGCCUCCUAUUCGGCCUCCCUUCCGCUCACCGUGCCGCAUCUGGCGGCUCCUCUCGAUCUAAGCCCGAACGCGCACCACCAGACGCGGUUCGCGGUGGCCCUUGCGGCGCAGCUGUCGCUCUUCUCCGUGCUCGCGCUGCUGCAACCCGUCUCCGCGCUCGCCCUUGCGCAAUCCGCGCGCGGCACCGCCUCCGCGCGGACAUUCUCCGGACGUUCGUCCGCCUCCUCUUCCGCAUCCUCUUCCGCCAAUGCCACACUCGCGCUCCUGCCCACGUGCCCCGCCACGUGGCACGAAAAGGACGCAGCUGCUGCCGCAGUAAGCGAUUCGGACGGAUUUGAGGCGGAUAGAAGUCUGAGCAAGAGUACGGCGACCAAACGCCAAGGAAAGCGGCGGGGAUCCCGCCGCCUAAUCACAACGGCGAAAGCAACUGGAGCAGCGGUCGCGGAGGAGGCAGUUGCGGGCGGGGAUUUUGCCGACACGUUCGCGGCAUUGGCGGGGGACGAUUGGGUUCCGCAGAACGGUAACGGGGCGGCGCGCGGAAGCAGCAACGGGAACGGGCGGGGGCUGUGGGGGGGAGUACGCGGGGGAGACGCUGCGGCGGGGAGGGGGGAGUGGCAGGCGGUGAGCCUGGCGGAAGCGCGGGAGAUGGCGGAGCCGCCGUUCAAGGUGGCGGCACCGGGGCAACGAAUUGUUGCGAUCGGCGACGUGCACGGCGACUGGCAGCAGACUCUUGCAGCGCUGCGCGUGGCGGGCGUGCUGAACGAGAAGGACGGCGUGAGCGACGACGAGAUGUGGACGGGCGGAUCCACGGUUCUGGUUCAGGUGGGAGACGUGCUGGACCGUGGUGACGACGAGAUUGCCAUUCUCUCAUUGCUCAGGCACCUGGACCGGCUGGCGCAGCGGGAAGGGGGAGGCGUGCUCAUGCUGAACGGCAAUCACGAGACGAUGAACGUGGCGGAGGAGUUUCGGUACGUGUCGGACGGGGGCUUCGAGGAGAGCGAGGAUUUCUACUCCUUCUGCCUCUCCGAGUGCGCCGGCGACUGGGACAGCGCGUUCCGCGUGUGGUGGCAGGCGUCUCAGGAGCUCAAGGCGACUAAGAGGAGGCGGAAGGGGCCUUGGAACGGAUGGAACCCCAUUCAGGGCCAGCGGCAGGUGCGGGAGCGGCAUGAGCUGUUUGAGGUGGGCGGGCCGAUGGCAGCAGAGCUGGCGCGGAAUGGGGCAGCGCUGAUGGUCAAUGACACUUUGUUUGCUCACGGGGGCAUCCUGCCACACCAUGUGGAGUAUGGCCUGCCGCGCAUGAACCGGGAGCUGUCGCAGUGGAUGCGGGGAGAGGAGGUGUGGGGCGAGGGGGGCCGCAGCCCGAUGCCGUUCAUCGUGACAAGGGGAUUCAAUAGCGUGGUGUGGACUCGGCUGUACUCGCAGGAGUACCUGGGGUCGGGCGAGGACAAGUACAAGAUCUGCGCGGUGCUGGCUGCUUCACUGGACGCGGUGGGAGCAAGGAGGCUGGUUGUGGGGCACACGCCGCAAGUGGGGGGAGCUAACGGGGAGUGUGGGGGUAGAGUGUGGCGCAUUGAUGUGGGCAUGUCAUCGGGCAUGCUCAAUGCCCCACCCCAGGUUUUGGAGAUUGUUGGGGAUUCUGUGCAGUCGUAUUCGUAUCCCUUGGGAAACGCCAUGGGAGGAGACGGAGGAAGAGGCGGAGGAGGAGGACAAAGUCGCGCUUUCGGUUGCGAGGAGGAGGAUAAGCAGCGGUUUGAGGCUGUGGAUGCGAGGGGAUCGAGUCAUUGCGUGGACGAACGAGCAGCCGCCACUUGGAUUUAUCCAUCCAACCGCGAGCUUCGCCAGUACCAGUACGAAAUUGCGGAGGCAGCUCUCUUCGCCAACACCCUCGUGUGCCUUCCCACCGGCGUGGGGAAAACCCUCAUUGCCGCCGUUGUCAUGGCCAACUACUACCGCUGGUUCCCGUACGGUCAGUGA